UAGGACGAUUUUUAUGUAUUAAUUGUGUUUUAAUAUCCGAAACAUUUAAUGCGAGUAACAUUGUUCUUUAUUGAAGUCCCCUUUUUGUUGGAAAUCCCUAAUGAAAAUGAAGCCGAAACUCGCUGCUUCCAUUUCUGCUCUAAUGGCUGGUGAAUGUGCUGGAAUCUACAAAGCCAUUUCCGGCGUCUUACCCCGAAGUUCCGGCAGCUUCCAGUUCCAAAGAUUUAAGAGCUCAAAGGGUUUACUAUUUAAAGUCCAUAAUGAUGAUAAUGACUUCUCAGACCUGGGUCCUCCAGUACAAAGAGCUAUUGGGCAGCUGAAGUUGGUGACGGAGAAGCCCGAUCAUUUGCUGAUGUUAUCAAUACCUUUUGAGUCACAGAAACUUGGUAAUGGUAGAAUAGUACCAUCUCGCAAGUCUCGCAGCGAAAGCAAGAAUCCUGUUAAAAGCAGAAUCUUAACUGUUGAUAAAUCUUGUCAAAGUGAGUUUGGUAAUGAUGAUGAUGCUUCUGGAUCGACUUACACGACUUCAGGUGCUGCUAGUUUGAAUGUUCGUAGGUCAAUCUCAGUUGGGAAUGUACCUUCUACCAUCAGCCUUUCUCAGCUUGUAAAAGCAGCUUCAGUCUUCGGAAAAGUGUACACAUCUUCAGUCAGGCAUCUGCCUGAUGGGCUCAACUGUUGGGACAUCCAAUUCGAGAGCUUAAAAUCCUGCAACAGAGCAAUUAGAGCUGGUGCGCUAACUGUUGGGAGUUCUCGUCUUUCAAUCCAACCCCCACGGGCUUCUAUGGUUGUUACUAUCAGGAUUGAGGACAUUUCCGAAGAUGCUACCUUCAGUGAGAUACACUCGAUCUGUAAAUCGGUUGGCACGACAGAAGGGCUGGCAUGGGUAAGCAAGGAUGGCGUAGAUGCAUUAUUUACAGUCGAGAAUGACACAGAAUCAGAGUCGAUCCUCAAAAAGUUGAAUGGUACUAUUGUUUGCGGUCAUUGCCUAUCAGCUUCUCUACUGCCUAGCAACUCAUCAUCUGCUUCCAAGUCUGAAAAUGAGGAUGCUAGAUGCAAGAUGGCUUUACAAAUUAAGAAGUACUUGACAGAACUCAAAAGUCAACUUACGGAAAAGAAAGGGGAUCUGGAGGAAUGUAUGGUGCUGAAAGUGCAUAUGGAGGAUCUUCAGAUGCUGCAUGAGGGGAUAAUGCACCUUGAAGAUCUGCCUUCCAUCAUUGAUACAUCUGACGAUUGAUUCUUGAUUUUCAAAACAUCUUCUCUAUUCAAGAAUGUUCACAUGCUAACAAUAAUAUCACUAGCUUCAAGCCUCUUCGUUCCCCUUCCCACAAAAACCCUUCAUGUGUCUCCUUGACAUUGCUUUUAGCUGCUGAAAUACACCUUUUUACUGCCUGUCCCAUCUUGUAAGGAAUUGGUUGCCCUAAGUAUUGUACCAUUAUAUAUGCAAUAGUGGUGCAUAUAUAAUUCCAGGGGAUUUAUGCAAUUAUCCCUAUAUGAAAUGUUAGUCGAGUUUUCCCU